CAUAAUCAUCAUUUACCAUGGCAAACUCCAUCUUCUUCUUCUUCUUCAUCAUGUUCUCCCUUUUCUCCACCGUUUACACCGUCAAUUUCAACACCUCUUCGUGCCCAAUCGACCUCAGCUACGUCGAAACCUUCCCAUGGGACGAAUCCACCUGCUUCAACCCACAAGGAAGGCAGUGCUGCCAAACCCUACUAAGCCUCUUCGGCAUGGGAAUGGCCCAGUACCUCAAAGAAACCUCUGUUUUCCAGUUGCCGGAUUCCGCCGCCGCUUCCUCUUGUCUCUCCGAUUUCCAGAACAAGGUGGCCGCCAAAUCCGUACACCCAUCUCUGGUGUCUUCUUGUUUGCAGAACUCGACGCAAUUCGUCAGCAACACUUCGAGUUGUGCUGGGAUUUUAACGGUUCAAGAUUGGGUUCAAAAACUGGGUCCGACCACCGUAUUGGAUACCGCUUGUAAAGGCGACGUGACCGGUUUGAAUUGCAGACCGUGUAUCGAAGCGGGUUACAAUGUUAACUCGAGGCUACUGAGUCUCGAUCCGAGUUCCACAAAGUGUUUCGAUUUCACCGUUUUGUAUGCCAUUGGUGUAGUAAAUGAAUUUGGUCCAAAGGAUCAAGGGUCGGCUAAUUGCAUACUGGGUUUGCCGUUAGAUAGCUCGGUUGAUGAGAAAUCAAAAAGGAAAUUAAGCAGAGAUUCCGUGUUGAGAUUGGUGUUUGGUUUCUUGGGUGCUUUCGUUGGUGUUUUGGUUGCUGUUGGAUUCAUAUUUUUUUACAGGAAAUGGUAUAGGAAGAACAAGAGGGAAGCUUCGCAUAGACAAUUCGUUAGCGGUUUCCGUUCCGGUGUGUUGCCAAAUUCCGGUGCCAAAUGGUUUCAUUUAUCGGAGCUCGAACGAGCGACCAAUGGUUUUUCUCAGAAGAACUUGAUCGGCCGAGGUGGCUACGGGGUUGUGUACAAAGGAAAGCUUGCUGAUGGUACUAUGGUUGCGGUGAAACAGAUGCUCGAUUUCGAAUCCGAAGGCGACGAGGACUUCUCGAACGAAGUCGAGAUAAUAAGCAAGAUCAGGCAUCGGAAUCUUCUUUCGCUCCGAGGCUGUUGCGUCACUAGCGACACAGAGAAAGGUCGGAGACGAUAUCUGGUUUACGAUUUCAUGUCGAAUGGCAGCCUUGGUGAUCAUCUGUUCCAUGAUUCCACUAGGCCAAAACUUAGUUGGCCUCAACGCAAGAACAUAAUUCUUGAUGUUGCUAAAGGCCUAGCUUAUUUGCACUACGGCAUCAAACCAUCGAUUUAUCACCGAGACAUUAAGGCAAACAACAUACUUCUCGACUCGGAAAUGAAGGCAAAAGUUGCGGAUUUCGGAUUGGCGAAGCAGAGUCCGGAAGGGCAGUCUCAUCUCACAACAAGGGUUGCAGGCACACACGGUUAUCUAGCACCGGAAUACGCACUCUAUGGACAAUUGACUGAGAAAAGCGAUGUUUACAGUUUCGGAAUCGUGAUCCUCGAGAUCAUGAGUGGGAGAAAAGUGAUCGACACUUCGAAUUCAUCAUUCCUACUGAUCACAGAUUGGGCUUGGAAGCUCGCGAAAUCGGGCAAUGUGCAAGAAAUCUUCGAUGAAUCGAUACGAGAGGAAGGACCGAAAGGCGUGAUGGAAAGGUUCGUUCGAGUUGGGAUUCUUUGCGCUCAUGUGAUGGUGGCUUUCAGGCCGAAAAUUGCAGAAGCUUUGAAGAUGUUAGAAGGUGAUAUUGACAUCCCAAAGUUACCAGACAGGCCAUUGCCACUGAGUCAUGAGUCCUUUAAGUCAUCCUUGGGAAGAAUAGCAUCAACAAGUAAUACAUCAAAAUAUAGCUCAAAUUUGUCGAUAGUAUAGAUUGAUUUCAUUCUUGGGACUAGGCUUAGAAC